AGAGCAUAAAUCAAAAGUUGCUGAGUGAGCUUGCGUGAUUCAGCAUUGUUUUCCCUUCUGCAAUAUCCUUUCUUUCUUGAACAAGAGAUAAAGGAAGAGCUGGGACCUCUUUUCACCACUUAGCUUUAGCAGAGCUAGAAAGGGCAUCAAGGCAGAAGCAGCAGACAGAGUCAACCAUGGCCAGUAAAAAGAGUGCUGCUGCUCAAUAUAUGGAGGCCUUUUUUGCUGCCUGUAAAGAGAAAGAGAAUGGUGAACUGCUGACUACUUUCAGAGGGGUGCUGUAUCCUGAUCGCCUUUGCAGUCCUGAGACCUUUGAAGCACUGGAAGCCAUGGAAGCCAGAAAGGAUGAUGUGCUAAUAGUUGCUUAUCCAAAAUGUGGCACAAACUGGACACUACAUAUUCUGAAUGAAAUGAUAGCUGCUAUUCCAGGUAACGAGGACUUGCCGUCUCCUGAGCACUUCCAAAUGAUUGAAUUUGGACCCCCAGAAAAAUUUCAGAAGUUGAAAAACCAGCCCUCCCCACGUGUUUUUGUUACUCAUCUCCAUUAUGAUAACCUUCCCAAGUCUUUCAUUGAAAAAAAGACAAAAAUAUUGGUGAUAUUUCGAAAUCCCAAAGAUGCAGCUGUAUCCUACUUCCAUUUCUAUAACAAAAAUCCUCUGCUUCCAAAUAUCACUUCAUGGGAUGAAUUCUUUCAAAAGUUCAUGAGUGGUGAAGUUUGCUGGAAGUCCUAUUUUGACCAUGCUCUUGUUUGGGAUAAACAUGUGGAUGAUGAAAAUAUCAAGAUCAUGACGUUUGAAGACAUGAAAGAAAACCUUUAUGAAGCAGUGAAACAAAUUGCUCAGUUUCAUGAAUUUUCCCUGCCUGAUGAGACAAUUCGGACUAUUGCAGACAAAGCCACAUUUCAAGAAAUGAGUAGUAAAUCCAGUGAAACCCAUGGAUCAUUUGCUCCUGUCCUUUUCAGGAAAGGUGCAGUGGGUGACUGGAAGACAUUGUUCACUGAAGCUCAGAGCAAAGAAAUGGAUGCAAAAUUUGAAGAGUGUUUAGCAGGAACUAAACUGGGUGCUAUGCUAAAAUAUCAAAAACACUGCACCAUUUAAAUUUUGCAACAUCGGCAGUGCUAUCCUAAGGGUGUAAGUCUGCUUAGGAUGGCACUGCAGAAGCAUGGUAUUAUGCUUAUUAGUUAUCCAUUUUCCAAAUGAGAAUACAGUAACUAAAGUGGUUUAGAUGUCUAUGUACAAAAAAUUAACACCCCACCCCAGUAUUUUUUUUUGUUUCAAAGUCAUGGGCCCAAAUACUUAACAUUUUAAAUAAUAGGAGUUAAGAGAUUCACAUAUAUGAGUCAUGAAAGAAUUCUGGAGCAGAAGAAUCUGGAGUUUUUUAUGUUUAUGUCCCACUGCAAAGAUAUGAGAUUCAUUUAAAACUUUGUGGCCUAUGUGGUCACAUCCUACUUUUCCAUCUUGCUGUACCUUCUGCUGAACUAGCUGAAACUAUUUAGGGUGCCCAUUGCCAUAUUUCUUGGGUUUAGGCUUACCUGAACAAUCUCUGUAUUAUCUGGACUGUCACACUUUUACAUACACAAUGUGUGUGUACACACAGAUACCUUGACAUACAGAUAUGUGCCUCUGUCCUAUGCCCCAUUCUGUACUAAUUAGCAAAACAGCUGAAAGGCUGGACUGUGAAUCUAUUAAGAUCUUGUCUCUGCGAUAAAUUCACUUGAUAGCCUUAAUCAAACCACUCUCUCUCAGAGCCAAGCUACAAGUGACGCCUGACACAGGUUGGACACUUGUCAGCUUCCCUCA